ACGAAAAUAAAAAUUUACUUCAAAUUAAUAUUCCUACAACUUGGAAUUUCUUUUUCAUGAGAACAAAGCAAAUGUAUCUUUGCAUGCAAGAUGGAAUCCAUCUUGCAACAAAAAUCAGAAAUCGACUUUUAUCAAGUACUGCAACAUUAUCUAUCAAUAAUCAUCAGAUUAAUAUUAAUGAUUUGUUUUUUAUAAUUGACAACUAUUCUAAAAUUGAUCAUAACUUAGUGAAAUCUGAUGUUUUUCCUCAUGAUCGACAAAAUUUCUCUUCUUGUGUAAAAAUCACGUCGGAUGAUGUAUUGAAUUUAUUGAAAGACAUGAAUGCUAAAGGCACUUAUAUCUACCUAUAUUUGUUGAAAUUAGUUAUCAUUACAUAUAUUAAAGCAGAUACCGAUAUCUUCGUACGUUUAUACUACGGUUGGAUUCUUGCAUUUUCAUAUCGGAUGUGGUGUAUUCAGCUAGAAGAAACUUACUCUCCACAAGAAAAAAAUAAUCAUUUUAUUACUAAAGCUGCAUGGUUAUCUGUAGAAAUUAAUAUUCAUUGUUUAACAUCAUUAAUAAUAUUAGUAUUACAAGGAGUUUUACCAUCUUCUUCUCUUCAUACUCAUCUAUUUAGUAGUCAACCACGCGAGAGUACAUUUCGUAGUGCUCGUGCUCUAUCUGGUACUUUCUCUUCAAUAACAAAUUUCUCAGUAUCUCAAUUUCUAAAUAAAAUCGAAAAAAUUUCAAUACUUAAUCAUUUUAAAUCCACCGAAGGAGAUAAUGUUGAAUGUCCAUUAAAAUUUCCAAUUCAUCAUAAGAACAAACAUAAGGAGAAAAUAUCAUCUACAAUUAGUUUAAGUUCAUCAUCAACAACAAUAAAUGAUAUAGAAAAAAUUAUCAUUAAAGCUUAUCAUGAAGCACAAAACAUCAUGAACUCCUUACACUUAUUACAAAUUCUAAAAGAAAAUGAUCUCAAUGAUAUUCAAAAAUUAAAUUCAUUUGUUUUCCACCAGCUUGAUUCAAAAUCUAAAGUUGAUUAA